AUGACUAAGGUGGUGUUGUUGUUAUCUUUUCUGUUGGAGAUUUUGAUCCUUGUUCAGGCUCUUGACAAUCAUAGGAAAAUUGGGUUUUAUGAACUGGAGAGAGCAAAUUUCAAACUCAAUUUGACAAAUUAUGGUGCUACAAUUGUGUCUGUGGUAACCCCUGAUAAACACGGAAAACUAGCUGAUAUUGUUCUUGGUUAUGAUUCUAUUGAUUCUUAUAAGAAUGACACAACUUAUUUCGGGGCAGUGAUUGGACGGGUGGCCAAUAGGAUUGGAGGUGGCACAAGAGGUUUGAGUGACGUUAUAUGGACACUGGAAUCUCACAAAAAACACAGCCAUGUAACAUUUACCUACGACAGUCCUGAAAACGAUCAAGGCUUUCCUGGAAAACUCAAAGUCAAAGUGACUUACAAGCUCGUUGGAGCAAACAAACUGAUUGUGAAAAUGAUUGCCAAGUCCGUGGACAAAGCCACACCAGUGAAUCUUGCCCAACAUACUUACUGGAACCUUGGGGGACACAACAGUGGUAACAUUCUUUCUCAUCAUGUUCAGAUCUUUGGUUCACACAUCACACCCGUGGACAAGCUUCUUAUUCCCACUGGCGAAAUCAGAUCUGUAAAGGGCACCCCCUAUGAUUUUCUUGAACCAAAAAAAGUUGUAACCCACAUUCUUUCCAAAAUCAGUUAA